AUGAGGGUAGAGGCAGAUGAUGUGCUCACCAAAGAAGAACAGAUCGGCCUGUUGUUCAAAGCUAAACGCAAGUGUGAGGUAGCCAUCAGGAACAAACACAAGCCUGGUGAUGGUUACUGCUCGCCAGAAUGGGAUGGCAUUGUUUGUUGGCCUGAGGGGUCUCCUGGAAAGCUGGUGUCCACUGCCUGUCCAGAGUACAUCUACGACUUCAACCAUAAAGGACUAGCCUAUCGCCGCUGUGACAACAAUGGGACGUGGGAGCUGACCACUACCAACAACAAGACAUGGGCCAACUACAGCGAAUGUGCAAAAUUCCUCUCACACUAUAACCAAAAUAAUGAGAAGGAAGUAUUUGACCGUCUGUACCUCAUCUACACAGUGGGCUACUCCAUCUCUCUGGGAUCACUUAUGGUGGCUGUGAUCAUCCUGGGAUAUUUCCGGCGGUUGCAUUGUACCAGGAACUACAUCCACAUGCACCUGUUUGUGUCCUUCAUGCUGCGAGGCAUCAGCAUCUUCAUAAAGGAUGUGGUGCUAUACUCUGGUUCUGCAAUAGAGGACAUGGAAAGAGUCAGUGUGGAAGAUCUCAAGUCCAUCACUGAGGCUCCUCCAGCUAACAAAACCCAGUUUAUUGGCUGUAAAUUAGCAGUGACCCUGUUCCUGUAUUUCCUGGCCACCAACUACUACUGGAUCCUAGUAGAGGGUUUGUACCUCCACAGCCUCAUCUUCAUGACCUUCUUCUCAGACAGGAAGUACCUCUGGGGAUUCACUUUGAUUGGAUGGGGGGUCCCAGCUAUGUUUGUGACAGUGUGGGCAAGUGUGAGAGCCACCUUGGCAGACACAGAGUGCUGGGACCUAAGUGCAGGCAAUCUGAAAUGGAUCGUACAAGUGCCCAUUCUAACAGCAAUAGUGGUGAAUUUUAUGCUGUUCCUGAAUAUAAUCCGAGUUCUGGCCACUAAACUUCGAGAGACAAAUGCUGGCAGAUGUGACACAAGACAGCAGUACAGGAAACUGUUGAAGUCUACUUUGGUCCUGAUGCCACUGUUUGGCGUUCACUACAUAGUGUUCAUGGCCAUGCCUUAUACUGAGGUAACUGGAGUGCCCUGGCAGAUACAGAUGCACUACGAGAUGCUCUUCAAUUCAUUCCAGGGAUUCUUUGUGGCAAUUAUAUAUUGUUUCUGCAAUGGGGAGGUCCAGGCGGAAAUUAAGAAAACCUGGAGCAGGAGGACACUAGCGCUGGACUUUAAACGUAAAGCCCGUAGUGGCAGUAACACGUAUAGUUAUGGACCUAUGGUGUCUCACACCAGUGUAACCAACGUCACUGCCCGGGGGCCCCUGGCCCUCCAUCUCACCACGCGCCUUGGGGCCCCAGUCACCAUCAACGGGCACCGGAACCUCCCAGGUUAUGUGAAGAACGGUUCCGUCUCCGAGCACUCUAUCCCUUCCUCGGGACAGGAGUUACACAUUCCCGAAGAGGAGCAGCCGUCCAAUAACGAGCCACCGCAUUCUGUAGAGGAGGAGAAACCCUCGCCUGUGGUGGAGGAGGAGCGGGAGACCGUUAUGUGAUGUUCAUGUGACCUCUAGUGAGAGAUAGUCAUGUCAUGGGGACCUUCAUGCAGCCAAUAGCCCCUCCGUUGUGAGGACGAACUCAGUCAUGGAGCAUAGCACCAGUCAUUAUUCUCAGGAUGUUAUACAGUAGGAGGAUGGCUGCCUUUCGUCGACACUGGGCAGUUUUUCUCCUGUGAAUCGAGCCAGGAUUUUAGUGGGUGGAUAAGGACUGGAGGACAAAGGCUCAUGGCUAAAAGGAUACCUCAAUGUUUGAGGUGAGCCACCAACACAGACAAUCACCUUCUCUAUUGUACUGUAGCAAACACCACCGCUCUUUUAAGACUAAUUCCACCUGCCAUACGGACAAAAAUUCAUAUUUGUUUUGUUUUAUUUCACUGCCUUCAAUGAGUUGCAGCAGGUAAUUUAUAAUUGAUGAAAACCAACUUGCAGAUUUUCCUUUUUCACAUUCUAAAACUAUUAUAAAUCUUGUGGAUCAUGAAUGGUCUGUGGAUGGACAGUAGGCUAACGUGUCUGACUGAAACCUAUAGCAUUGAUGGUCCACAGGUCCUGUGGUUGAAGGUGCCUAACAGUAUAUGUAGGUCCUCAUUCUGCCAGGAGCAUGUUAGCUUAUGUUAGUGUAGCGGAUGUAUAAAUUAGCGUACAGCUCACUAGCUUACAUAUGUUACAUUAGGAACUCCUAGUGAUAUGAGGAAAUGCCUGGCUGCAGUUGAUUCUGCCUGCAUGGUUGGGGAGAUCUCACCACAUUUCAAUUGGUUUGAAAUAUGGAUGUAAAUUCAGAAAACCUAACCCACUUUGAUGUAGAAGGGAUUUAAACUCAGGUACUCCAAACCCACCAUUCUAGUGCAUCAGUUUGAGCUAGUCUGUAGUUUCAGAGGUGUGCUGGCUUCUAGUGUUGAUUGAUAUGGAGGAAGGCCCAAUGGAAGACAUUUCCCCAUGAUUAUCAACUUUUUGUACAGUUUUUAUUUUUGCUAUUUAAAAGAGACUAUCCUGAUAUUCAACAGUGUAAUGACUAUGGAAGGUUAUGUUGUUUCAAUGAUGUGUUGAUUAUUAAAUUCUUCAAUGAUAAUAUUCUGUUUCACAAUAUAAAAGUAACCGAAACAUAUCAAUUGAGUGGGAGAGACGGUGUUAAGAGGAUUUCUAAAAAGUUUUUAUAUACUGUAC